GGUCUGUCACACAACAAAACAAAUACACGAAAAGAAGAAAUUUUGAGAAAACAAAAAGAAAAAGAAAAAGAAGAGAAAAAGAGUCUGUCCGAGUAGUAAUCUGUAAUCAAUCCGGAGUUCCAGACAGACAAGAGAGAGAAGUGGAAGAGACGAAGACUGAAAAUCUCAGAAAUUUUCUGUAUUAAUAAUACAGAUAGAGAUUUGAUUAGAGAAAUAGAGAAGAAAAAAUAGGGAGAAAAGGGGAUAACAAUAAUAAUAAUGGAGGUGAAACUCCAUAUAUACGAUGUAACUAAUAGUGGUUCAGCAAAAACUAACAAUACGAUUGUUCAAAUCAAUAAGAUCUUUAAAGAUGGGAUUGGCCUUGGUGGUAUCUUUCACUCUGCUAUUCAGGUCUAUGGGGAUGAGGAAUGGUCUUUUGGGUACUGUGAACAAGGUACUGGAGUGUUUAGUUGCCCACCCAGUAAGAAUCCGAUGUACACAUAUCGCGAGUGUAUAGUCCUCGGGACAACAACAGCCUCAAUCUACAAAGUUAACCAGAUCCUGAGAGAACUUAGCAGAGAGUGGCCAGGAGAGUCAUACGAUCUACUAUCAAAGAACUGCAAUCACUUCUGCGAUGAGUUUUGUGAAAGGCUAGAUGUGCCUAAAAUUCCAGCUUGGGUUAACCGGUUCGCCAAUGCUGGUGAUGCUGCAAUGGAGGUUGCUGGAAACACGGCUUUACGAUUUCGGCAAGCCAAGGCAGAGAUUGUGACUGCUAGUAAAGUUGCAUAUCGGUUCCUCUCAAAUGUUACUACCACAGCCAACACAUCGACAGUAAAUCAAGACUCUCCGGGCAAUUCAAACAGAGGUGGUAACCCUAGAUUCCAGUCUACGUGGUUCAAAAGUUUGAUGUCCAUUGGUGCCAGACCACCUAAUAGCCCAGAGCUUGACACCCAAACUGAAGGCACACUUCCUCAUCAGCAACAAAAACAUUCCACAGGUCCUAUAAGGCAGAAUUCAAGAGACAUUUGAAAAAUUCCCUGCACCCCAUUGGGCAUCAAUCGGCAACAACUACACUGUGUACCACUACUUGUUAUUGAAAAUUACGCAGAAAAUGGCAUGUAAAAUUUUAAGUUCAAUACCAAAGAAAGAUAUUUCUGUUCAAAACUGAAAAUGUUAUUAAGAAAAGGAGAUUUAGGUGCA